GUUGCUGGUAGGCCCAGUGCCGCAGGUGACCUGGACCGGAGCCCGGGUGGGAGCCAGAUCUAUUUUACUCCCACAGGACCUGCCUGGCCUUUGUCGGCUGUAGGGAGGUGCAUUUCCCCCUCCCCUGUGGGCAGCAAAUUCCCCACGAGUCAGCAGGAAGUGCCUCUGGGCUCACCUACCGGCUUCUAUUGGCUUGUGAGAUGGACGAGCCAAGUGAGGGUGCAAGGCCUCUGUGCCUCCCUGGGGCCCACCAGCCUGGAGACGCCCGCGGGUGUCCCUCAGUGUACCAGCCUGCUCACUGGCCCUCCUUGUCACCUCCCGACAUCCAGGUGCUGAGCGUGGGCUCCUUCCCUUCAUUCCGUGGAGAAUAAAUUAAGGCACCUGGGGUCGAGGCUUAAGGCUCUCGGUCCCCUGUGCCCGUACCCCGUGCCGGGCACCGUCCUCAAGUUUUCACGUGCUAACCGGCCCAACGUCCGAACUCUGUUGCACGGACCCAACAGGUACGUUCUACUAUUUUACUCCCCGCUUCACAAAUGCAGAAACCGGGGCGCAGAGAAGUCAGGCGAGCGACCCAAGGACGCACGGUUCCUCGGUAAGAUAGCCAAGUCCCGCCUGGCUCCCAGAAGCUGUCCCAGGUUGACACCCGCAAUGACCGUGCCUUGUGUCCCAGCCGGCUCUGAAUCUCCCCAUCCUCUUGGGACCUCGGAGGAUCUUUCAGAUUUGGGGUCACGGGUGAGGCUAGAAGGUGCGUACCCAGCCCGCUGCAAACGUGGUCGGGUCGUCGGAGUGGCGGAAGAGGGGCCGAUUCCAAGCAGCUGCUUGGUGACAACAGUUCUCUCCUCCUGUUCAUCCAGAGAGCAUUUCGUUUCACAACAAUGCUGUAAGGGGCUGGCCGGAGAGGGCUCCCCGCCCGCGUCAGGUACUGAUCAGAAACUCCGGGCUGGGACCAAUAAUGCGCUGUGUCUUCAUAAGCUCUAGAUGAUUGUUGGCAGUAAGGAAGCUGACCGUUGGUCUCAUCCGUCCCUGCACCUGGCCAGGUGUGGCACAGAGUAAGUGCCCGUUACAAUGAGUGAGAUCAAUAGCUCGUCUGCUGCUCUGCCAUCAGAGGCCUCAAAUGAGAUCGUGGACAUAGAGUGCCUGAUUGAAGCCUCAGCACACAGUAGGCCCUCACUAAGGGGGGGCAGGAAGGAUUGUCCCGGCACCAAGGUUGGAGGGCUGCGCGCUGGGAGCCGGUGGGGCUCGCCGAGGAGGGAGAGAACCAGGACGGAAGAUUCAAGGUUGGGGGGCGUGGUGACUGCUGAUGUCACAAUGCCCCCAUUUGCCUGGAUGUGUCGGGCUCCUGGACCCCCCCGAGGGUGGCAGAGGGCAUGGCCAGCAGCAGCGAGAAGAUCACCGGGGAAGUGGAAUCCAGGACCAGGGGGACAUUUGCGGACCAGAAAUAAGCACGGGGCAGAAGAACCAGCAAGAUCCUGGCGGAGGCAGGGGGAAUCACCGAGACCUGUCAGGUAUCUGGGCCUUGAAUGUGAAGAAGAACUCUUUAAUGAUGGAGGUGAUUGAAGCAAGAAAGGCGAAGAGAGACAAAGAACUCACAGAGAACAUCGGUCUUCCCCUGAGUCUGCUUGAAAAGCACAGCCCGUGGCCAGCCUAUGUCACCUACACAUCCCCGAUGGUGAAAAAACUCAUUGAGAAAAGCAAAGCCAGGGACCUGGGUUCUAUGCAAGCACUUGAAGAAAGCCAGCGGGCCUCAAAGCAGAGCCAACCUUCCGGCAUCGCGCAGCUGAAAAGGAGAAAGUCAUCUAAGUCCUCCGGAGACGCGAUGUCCAAGGACAGGAGGUCAGAGACCAUGUUAUCGGUAUGGAGCACGUAUUCGGUGACGAGCCUGGGGCCCGCUGUCAUGCCUGAACCGAUACGCUUUCAUACGGAGUCCAGAGAAAACCCCACCGCAAACUAUAACAAGAUCAUCUUCUCUCGAAAACCUAUGAUGAGGAUCCUUCCAUACAGCUCACUUCUAGCCAACAAGGAGACACAUUCGAAUGUUUAGCAGGGAAUCCCAGCAACCACCCACCGCCCUCCCUUCCCAAGACGGUACAGCAACGAAGCUCCAUAAUUCACCAAUUUUACUACAUCCUCUGAAUGUGAACUUGCCCCUGCUUGUGCAGAGGUUGGCCGGAGACAAACCGGAUCAGAAUGUGGGCCGCGGGUGGGGGGUGGGGGAACCCUCUCCAGCGUCACCAUCUGGUAGGGAUGGGAAGUGCCAUGUUCUAGUUCCUGCCGUAGAUGCUUAGAACCUAACUGAGGGUGAAUCAGUCCUGGUCUAGGCAGGAGACAGAAAUCACCCCGGUUGUGAUGCCAGCGAUAAUGUAAUGUGAAGAAUUACUAACCAGGUGGCUGAAAAAGGCAGGGGGGAGGCCACACAGGUAUUAGGGGCGGUAGCACCUGUAGGAAGCAGUUUUCACAAGGCUGCACAAGGGAAGAUAUCGGACUUGUUAAAGUUAGGCACUUGGAGAAGGGGUGCGCGGGCUGAAUCUCAGAUUUCUGAGAUGCGGGGGACAGGGGUGCUCCUCAGCAGGUUCCCGGGGUCUCUGAGCUCAGAGAAAAGUUCCUGCGGGGCCGGUACCUCUGAAUCUGAGGAGGAGAAGGUCUCUGGCUGAGGCGGGCUCCGUGGUUGCUGAGAAAACCAAAACGCCGGAGUCCAAU